AUGUCUCAAAACACCGAGGCCUCUCAGACCGCUCAAGAUUUCAUCGCGUCGCAGCUACAACUUGAAGCCGAUGCGCGCGAGGCUCUUCCAUAUCAAUUCGAUACCUGCACAAAGCCUCUUGGUCCGCUGAGGCAGGCCAUCUUUGCAUGCCUGACAUGUAACCCUCCAACCCCUUCGGACAGCAAAUCACACACCCCAGCCGCCGUAUGCUACUCCUGCAGCAUCUCUUGUCAUGGCGAACACGAAUUGGUCGAACUCUUUACCAAGCGUAACUUCGUCUGCGAUUGUGGUACCACCAGAGUACCCGUAUCAGCUCCAUGCACACUCCGCAUCGACGAGUCCACCAGCCAGAAGGGCAAUGUGACUGGCGAAACUCCUGCAGAGAACAACAAGUACAAUCACAACUUUUCCGGCCGCUUCUGUGCAUGUGGAGAGCCAUAUGAUCCCGAGAAAGAGAAGGGCACCAUGUUCCAGUGCUUAGGUUUAGGCACGGUUGAAGACGGUGGUUGUGGAGAGGAUUGGUGGCAUCCUGAGUGUUUGAUGGGCUUGCCGAGACCUCAGCCAUCCGAUACUGCUCCCAAGGAAGAGAAGGCAGAACUAGAGCAGCCUACCCAGGACGGAGAAGCUACCGCACAGCCCGCCCAGGGCCAAGAAGAUGCCGAUGAGGCACCUUUGCCGCCUGGUUUCCCUGCCGAGGAUGACUUUGAUCAUUUGAUCUGCUAUAAGUGCGUUAGCUCGUUCCCCUGGAUCAAACAAUACGCAGGUCAGGACGGCUUCCUGAGUCCCAUCUACCACAAGCAGUCAUCCGGGAGCACCGAGGAGAGCUCUACCGCCGAGCAAAGCACAAAAGAUGCAACCCUGCCGCUGUCAACUGAGAGCAAGAAGAGAACUGCCGAGGACGAUUCAGAAGUUCCCACAUCUAAGAAGACCAAGGUCGAAUCUGAAGAUGAUGUCUCUGAGACUGUCACACCCAACCCAACAACCAUCACAAAUGCCGACGAAGCUCCUCUACACACCAAACUCCCUGCAGCUCCAUCAGGCACCUUCUCUCUCUUCCUCAAAGAAGACUUCCGCUCACACAUCUGCCGCUGCCCCUCCUGUUUUCCUAACCUAAAGCCACAUCCUCAACUUCUCGAAGAGGAAGAAGCCUACGAACCUCCCGUCUCGGAAAGCGAUAACGAGGAAGCACAGAAUGGACGCGGCGGCAGUGUGGGCUCAGGAAGCACAUAUGAACGUGGUGAAGCUCUGCUUAGCAACAUGGAUCGAGUCAAGGCCAUCGAGGGUGUUAUGGUGUACAACCAUCUGCGUGACAAGGUCAAGGCUUUCUUGCAGCCGUUCGCCGAGAGUGGGCAGGCUGUUGGAGCGGAAGAUAUCAAGGCUUAUUUUGAGAAACUGAGAGGUGACGAAGAGGGUAUCAGGCUUGCUGGGGCUGGCGCUGGUGCUGCGGACGAGGGUGCAGAAGGUGACGGUAGACGUGAGCAGGGAGGUCACUAG